GAGAACUGCGAAAAUGGAACUAAUGAGUUCCAUGUUGUUGUGUGCGCUCGUGGCGCUCCUACCGCAAACGCUGGGAAAUGCUGAUAUCCGGAAAACCGAAGUGGAAAUUAAAAAUGCGCAUAGAGUAAACAAAAAUUCUCCACGCGGCGCAAUACUAUUGAACACGAAUGGAAUACCUUUAGUAAGUGAGAAUAAAGAAUCCCCUUUCGACGAUUUAAUUUGUCAAAAGUGCUUCAAUUGCAUGGAACGGGCUGUCAAAGAGCGCAACGCUUAUAUUCAGUUAUUGAAAAAUCGUCCUAGUUCUGACGAAUUAAACGAAGAUUUACUCAAGAAUCAGUUAGUUGAAAACAGACACAAAAGAGACGUUCAUAAGGCCAAAGCUAAUACUUCAGUGGCGUCUAAACCUUCACGAACUAAAAAGAAUAAACCAUUAAAAUCAGCGUCCGUUACAAAAUAUGACUUCAAUGGAGAAGUUUAUGCUUUGAAAAUAAAGGAGAGUAAUGAAUCAGGACACCAUAAGGACGCUCGUGUUUGUCACAUUUAUAGUAUAAAGAAAUCUUUACCGUGCACAUCCUCUGAGAUUGAUGGGCUUUUGUCUGAUGCAGUGUCCGACGUUAAAAGAAAGAAGAGUGGAAGAAGUAGUAAAAAAGGUACACUGGCUCAACCUGGCACUAAAUCUAACACCAUGCCUACUACUACUCAUAAAGCAAAGAUUUCCAUAUUCAAGAAACGGGAAGCAGAUAAUUUAGAAACGCCAGAUUUUAUGCCAUCGAUUGAAGAAAUGUCUUAUUAA